GGCGGCGUUAUCGUUAUCAUGUAUGCGAUACGAAUGAGUGUUCUUCUGUUCAACGCGACGAGUGCACGUCAGAAAGUUCUGUUCCGAUUCGAUCGAUGAGUUAAUAAUACGCGUAUCGCUGUCGCCGCCACAGCUGUGCUUCAGUUCUUCCCAAACUGAAUAAAUAUUUGACAAAUUUCCAAAAAAAAAAAAAAAAUUAAUCCAGUCCGAAUAUCCAAUGCAUUUGUGAAUUCAAACGAAAAAAAAAAAACAAACAAAGAAGUCGGCACUAAACCUUGCGUGUGUGAUAUUCUCAAAACAAAUAAUAAUAACUAAAGCAAUUGUGUGACCAAAGAAGCACUAAUUUCAAUAUUUUUAUAUUGAACGAAAUUGUGUUCCUGGGUGUUUGCAUUCAAAUGUGUGCGAGUGUGCCAGUGUGCACGUUUGUGUCUGUGUGUCCAUUCUUAAAAAACCGUGUCACAACUGUUUACGAAAAAGAAAGCAAGAGCAGAAACAAUAAAACAUAUCAAAAUCGUUCAAGAAGUAGACGGUAUACAAACCUAUAUAUAUAUACAUAAAUAUAUCUUUCGCCGGUCGGGAUCUGUCUGGCACUAAGUUUGAUGAUUGUAGUACGAGUGAGCGGCAUUUCAGUUCAGUGAUCAAAGUCGAAAGAAACGAACGAAACGACAAAAAAUUAGUGCGCACCCCAACCACAAGGAAUAGAACAAAAAAAAAAAAAAACAAACAGGAAAUACAGGGGGGUAGAAUCGAAAGAGUGAUUUGAUGAAAACUGAGCAAAUAUUUUGUCCACCUUCUUGGCGACUGACGGCACUCUACAUCCACUCAAAGCUCCAUCCUUUGCGUGUUUCGCUUCACAAUACCCCCUCCAAAAAGAAAGCAGCCGUGGCCGCAAACAAACUUAUGCAACCAGAGGAAAUUGUCUAAUAGCUGCCAAACAACCACAUAGGCUGCCACGCGUUCACUCACUCACUCACUCGCAGCAGAACAUUUUUCCGACGCAGCACUACUCAGGUAAAAAGACAAAUACGCUUUUGAGGUAAAGUGAAGAUCCGUUCGGGGGAAGGAUGCCAAACUAUCGGCAGAAAAAUCGUGGUCGGAAUAAAAACAAAAAUAAGAAUCGCAACAAACAACACCAACAGCAGCAACCACAGCAACAAAAAACACAAGAAAUACAACAUUCGGAAAGAGCAUCCGGCGCCACCAACGUUGUGGACCUCAGCCUCGACCCCCCGGCCCAUACUUCGUUGACAGUUGAAUCACCGUCAUCACAACCAACUGCACUCGACGAGAGUGCCCAGAGAGCUGGCGACAAUCCGAAAGAGACUAAUAUCUCUGAAGAGGUGUCUACCAGUCGACUUGCAACUACUGAGGAACACAACGUCAUUGCAUGCGACACAGUUUCCUUCAAACCGGCCACCACAACGUGUAAUAAAAGCCCAUCGCCGCCAUGUACAAGUGAAAGUGACCGGAAAAUGGGUAACGAAAAGUCAAAGCCUAUCAGAAACCAAGAGGACCAAGUCGUUGAUAGCCAGCCUGUAAGCCCUUUGACGCCCCCAGUCACACCGAGGCAACAGGCCAAAGUAAUCGUCCAUCGCAUCAUUUGUGAAGAUGCGGUAGCCGAAGAAAAGUCGAUGACAACGUCAGCAAGUGACAAUAGGCAAAGUGACACAGACGGCUCUAGUGCCAGUUCGGCAAAUAGAAACAGUGGAAGUGGGCCUGACGAGGUUGCACAACGCCAGGUGAAAGUGAUCGUGCAUAAAAUUCAUUUAGAAGACAGUGAGAAUGACUCGGCCAAUCCUGCUGUGGCCAACACUGCCGCCUUCUCCCCCGUGCACAUUGAAGAAGUCGGCGACGAAUCACUUACAGAUCUUGAGGAACUUAGAUCUCCCGUUGUCAGCGAAGUUGACUCUGCCGCCGAGUGUGAAGAUGCCGACUCCUCAUCAGAGGUGGAAGCCGCCACUUCCAAGUCGACAUCGACAAUGACGGCAUCCCAACGUGAAAAGCGGAAACAGAAACGCUUGGCCUUGGAAAGUCACUUCCUGCCCCAAAUGCUUAGUCCCCGUUUCCUUGACAGCAUCUCGGAGGAGAACAGCGACCUAAGUGAGUGUGGCGACAACCCCUUGUCUAGAUCGGCCUCGGCCGAAAAUGCCGUGACCAACACACCUGACACACAGAAAACGCAAAAACUCAAUGCCAAGUUCCCCAAAAGCUCCCUGGACUUCAGUAAACCACACAAACCCACACUAACACUCAACACUCCGUCCAAUCGUUGCGUUAUACGCGAGGAGCCCGUUGCAUUCGCCGUUGAAGCCCGCAUCCAGGAGGCGCCCGAUGCGGACGAAAGCUGCACGACAUUAAAGAGCUUCCUGUCGCCCCAAUCUGAGUUGGCCGAAAUGGUCUUUAUUAACUCCGCCUCCAGCAGCAUGACCGACUUGAAUGACCUCGACCAGAUGGAUCGUGUCUCUCUUCAUUCGACUCAUUCAUCCGUAGCGUUCGAUCUGGACACAGAUGCCAAAGAUCUGAUAAACAAACCGGGCACAACAAACAACGAAUUGACAUCAUCAUCAUUGCCAUCAUCCCAACUAGCUACACCAGCCGAAUCAGCGAAGUCAGCUGAAUCGCUCGCGAACUGCACAAACAAAGACAGUCACUUUAUAAACAACAACGCUCGAACACCGCCAUCGUCGCCAUCACCCGACGUCCCUCCACAGAAUAGAACGAGAAGCGCACAGCCAUCGAGAGAUCAGCCAGCGGCACCGUCGCUGCCCUUCUCAGCUGUUUCCGGUCGGCAGAGUCUCACAGACAUCGAUGAUGCUCUGCGCCUCUUGUCAGAUGCUCAGGCAAGGCUGCUCGAAACUAGUUGCGAUUCGGCGAAUACAAGUAGUAGUGUUAGUAGUUUAUGUGCGGAUAAAAUCGCGAAACCACCGCAAGAGGUUCUAACGGAAAACGUUCAAAAUAUGAAUACGGUGCGCGACAUUAUCAAUUCGGACAUCACAAAAUCGGGCCCAAACGCAAACGGUAAUAACAACAACAGCAGUCAUCAUCCAGAUGGCGAUCUUCUGGGCAAUAGAUGCAGUCACACGUACAGUGCAUCGAAGCUAGCGCGUGGAUCCCCUCCUCCUCCCCCAAUUCCACCGCCGCCCAAAUCCCAUAACCUCGACCUAGAUCCUUUACCCUUACUCGAGAGGAAUGUUGAACAACACAACGGCCAACAGUCCGCCCCACCAACACAGGCAGAGUCCAAGCAACCCAAAUCCCCCUUACCUACGUCCUCACUAGUCCGACAAGAGUCCCUGGAUUCCCACUGCUCCGACAGCACCACAUUUAGCCAAUGCACAGCCAUAAAUGUCGGACCUAACCAGGCCACUUCUUCUGAUCAAGCCUCCUCAAUUUCAGAUCUAAAAUCGAAAACAACCCCCACAGAACAUCAAGCGCCGUCAGUCGGUGCAGCAGAUCCCAAGAAACUACGGCUGCUAUGCGCCGAAACUUUAGCUGCCCUGCCGUACGGUGGUGAAGUCCUGGAAGAGUUGGCCACUUUGGCCCAGCACAUUGGAGAAGUUAAAGCAGUCAAUGUGGUAGAAACACACAAAAAGGCGGCCAGCUGUAGCACUGAUACAACCGCAACGAGCCAGAGCAUCAAAAUGCCCUACCCCCCACCAGAGCUGCCGCACAUAGAUGAUCUGCGUCUGUCCCUGGACCAGACGGCACGUAAUGUGCCCCAACGGCCACCUUCUCCCAACGCUAAACAUCCAGACUCAUGGGUGGGCCUCCCCACUUCAUUCGAUCCCAAAGUCUUGAUCUGUCUGUCUCCAUCCCAGCAAUCCUACAUUGAGAAGCAACAGCAGACGCUCACAAAGUCAACGGUCGCAACGACCACCACCAGCAAGGAGUUGAAGCAACAGCCUGACGAACUGCUCGACGCUCACCAGAAGUUUGUGGAGCGUCGCGGCUACCACGAAUUCACCAAGGAACAGCUGGCUUCCAUAGAGCAGGAGAAAUUGGCCGAACAGCAGUUACUUCAAACUGCAGCUAUGAUGAAGAAAUUACGUAAAAGCCUGACACCGCCUCCACCCCAAAUUCCACCGCCUCCAGUGCCAGCCAAGAGUAGCGAAACGGCCACAAAAGCACAAAAUUUAUCGAAGCGUUCGAUAACGGCAACAUCCAGUGCGACCACACAUGCCAGUGACGUCACCACAGCCGCCGCCACUGCCGCCCCUCCAAUAACAGAUAAACAAGUCACCGGUGCGUACUGCGAAGGAGAGGAGAACAAACAUCGCCUGUUAUCUAUAAUACAAGAUACUAACGAAUCUCAACAGUCGAUUCUCGGCGGGCAACAACAGCUACCACAGCCAGCAGCGACAGAGACAAAAACGCUGUCAUUAGCAUCAUCGUUUGAAAAUAACUCAAGGCAAACAACAAGUAAAGAGCAACAGCAACAACAAGAACAACAAUCAGCAACACCUCAGCAAUCGAAACCGUCCACUUUCAUCGUUCCAAUAACAUUAACUAACGGCUCUUCGGACAGGUCAUACAAUUUUCCUCGGUCCUCCUCAGGUAAUAUGCAAAGUGUCGAAUCGAGUCUGGGUGAGAUGUUUCCCACGCUGGGAUCCUCCAACAUAUUCGACAAGGAGCACAAGCGAUUCUCCAACAUCGAAUCGUCCACCAGCCAGCCCAUGGCUGUGGAUGUCCAACCCAAACGUUACUCCAGCAUAGAAACGCAUUCCUUCGAAAGCCAGAAGCGUAUUGAAAAUGGUCAGGUGGUCGUUGACUAUAGCAACUCUAAACAUGACAAGCAAAGCUUUGGAGGCGAAGGCAUUCCGACGGGCCUCGAGACGAAAUUCCCCACAAAAACUCCUCCAUCGUCCGGCGAUUUUUCGAAUUUGCCACAGCCGACGGCAAGCGCUGCGCCCGAAACAGAUGGCCACGAAAUUAUGUCAGCUUUAAAAUUAAACAAUAAUUCUUCGGCAACAUUGAACAAUGGAAGUGCCUCGACCACCACUACCACGACACACAGCCAAGAGAACUCUGCUCAGAAUGUUCAGAGAGACGAAGUGGAUUUCGCAAAAGCACAGCACAGCGAAGAGCAACAAAAACAGAAUGCCUCCGAUCGAAUGACGGCGCUGCGGAGGGGCAUCGAAGAUUCUUAUGAGGAAUUUAGGCAACGUGCCAAGGAGGCUGCCUCCACCACCGCCACCUUCUCGCCCGGUGCCUUCGAAGUGCCCGCGGCCGUACAAACAACCUCGAACGCUGAUGGUACUAAUGGCCACGGUGUUAUUUCGUCAUCGACCACUUCGACCAGCUCGGAAGCCAAACAAAUAUUCCACAGUGACCAUGAAAAACUAUUCAAAGAAUUCGAUGAUCUCUCGAAGCAACUGCACCGGGAGCUGGAGACUGGCAAAAGUCAGAGGGAGCAAAAGGAGCGAUCAGCUUCCCUCUUCGACCUGAACCGCGUCCAGUUGCGACACAAGGAACAGAUCGAAGAGUUCAAUAAGCUGCGUCACGACCACAUGUCCGAACUGGAGAAGGAAAUUGAGCGCUCCAUGAAGUCGCGGCAGUUACGAAUGAGCAGCGUUGACCGCAGUGGAUAUUGCUCGGACACGAGCAACUCCCGAUCGUAUCAGAUUCCCAUACAGAUGGAGAACGAUAUCGGCUACCAGACGACCAAAACCAUGGGGGCUGGUGCACCACCCGUGCCUGAACCGCCGCGAUCUUAUCAGAUACCUGUGCAUAUGAGCAAUGAUCCCGGUGACGACUCCCGAUUCCGCAGAGCCGAGUCGAUGUUCAAUUUAAAUGACGAGGGCCGCAAGACUCGAGCCUACGGCGGCAAUCACCAGCCGACGGAGGACGACUGGUCCAAAUAUGCCAGCGACUUGGGUUCGUCGGAGAACAUUACACGCCCCUUUGCUAGGGAGGUGGAGAUUUGUUAUCAGCGCCGACCAGGAGGCAUCAGGGCGCCACGCUUGACGGCUUCGACCAGUGACUUAUCGUACAACACCCACUCUUACGACCAGUACAAUGCCUACAAUGUUCGCAGAUCUCAUGCUCCGAUGCUGAACAAAGCCCCCCAGCAAAGUCGUCCGCACUACGGCAGCUGUUAUUCGAUGAUUGAGAGGGAUCCCAAUCCCAAGUACAUCAGUACCACAACGCGGCGCGGCACUUCGCCCGCGCCUCAGCCAUCCGGGUUCCAUCCCAUCGAGGUGAGUGUCAGCGACGAACAAAUGCGCCAGCGAAGAGCUUCACUGCCGCGAGAACUGCAUGAGCAGCAGCUUAAAUAUAUUGCCUGCAAGGAGGAGGAGCUGCGAACGGAAUUUGAACGUCUGCAGAAGGAACGGCAACGUCUGAUGGAAGAGGUAAACAGGGCGCAAACCAUGCCCAUGGCACAGCCAUCACCGCGGCCACACCGAGAUUCGUAUCGCUGUGUGCCGAAACUGCCCACCCUUACCGAAGAUGAGGUGUUCAGGCAGCAAAUGGCUGAAGAGUGGCUCAGUAAGGUGGCCGAGCGCGAGAAGCGCCGCCUGCAAAAUAUCAUUAAGCUGUCCAAGGUGCACGACGAGGAGUCCUCCGAGCACAGAGCGGCUCAAACGAAUAUGGGCGAUGAGUUCUUGAGUCGGGUAAAGGAGAGGCGAACCAAGUUGUCGAUGCCAGCCGACAGCGACUGGGAGUCUGGCGCCGAAUCGCAUCCCCACAACGCAGCCCAGUCGAGCGAAACCGAGGAUGUGCCCCCCGUUAAAAUCCUCGAGGGCAACCAAGAGGCGAACCUCCGCAAUUUGCCGCGGCAUUUACGCGAAUUCGCGAAAUUCUCGAACCAUCAACGCGAUGAGAUCGAGGGCGGUCAUCGCGAGGAGCACCAACAAGAGGAGCGUUCACAGGAGGUGACCGACAACUCGAUUAGCAAGGCUUUCAAGAAGUCCACCACGGUGAAGACCGUGAAAAGUGUGAGGGCCCCAAUGCUGCCACCCGACAACGGCGGUCACGUUAUCAAGUGGCACAGGGCUAGAGGUCAUCACCAGCAGCAACACACCAACGAUUCUAACGGCUCAGCUAGACCCACUGUGGAUCCGGUAAUUUCCAAGCGAUCUCGGAAACAAACUCGCUUUCUACUGCCUGCAAAUAGACGGAGCUGGUCGGAAAGUGACCUGUUGCAAGAAAUCGACCAAGAAUUGAAGUUGGCCAAAGGAUUUCUAUUCCGAGAUGAAAAAGCCCAAUCGCCCAGUAUGUUUACGCCCAAAUUCAAGGCGAAGGCUGCCACUGGAUCAGGCAUUUGGUCGCCGAAAAACCAAACACCAUCAUCGUCAACCUCUAAUCUGAGUGAAAUUAAGUCAACGCCACCGACACCUCCGCCACCACCUGCAUCGUCGUCCUCGGUUAUUUGGACUCCGCAACAGUCCCCUCAGCUGGGCCGCAAGGAAUAUCGGCCGGUACGUUUCGAGUCGCCAACGCCGCGCAGAAGGAUACAGUCAACCUCCUCGGAACCACCGCUGCCGCCAUGGAAUAAUUUGACCAACAACAACUUCCAAAGCCCCAACAGCUGUACAAAUCUGAGCACGCCAACAUCGACCGUAGCAUCUGAACAGGAUUCGACAGGAUCUAUUUCGUUGCCUGGCCGUUCGACCAGUGUAUCGGAUAAAAUCAAAACGUUCGAAAGAUCUGCAUCUGCUACGGAACUGUACACGCGCCCGCAUAACAAGCGGCCUCACGACAAAGCGCGCCCCUUCUGCCGACCCAAUGAAGUCAUUUACAACGUCAAGCACGAGUACAUGAGUGAACCAGAAACUGAAAACGACCGUCCGCGAAAAAUGGCACAGUUGGGCAGGCGUCAAUACGAUGGCAUCGGUCCCAUGACGACAGAUGGCAUGCCUAUUAUCCUGAGAUCGGAGGUAAAGGAGCCCCAUCAGCACGAAUGGUACAAACGCCUGUACCAGACCAUCCACAAGCAGAAACAUGGCGACGAUUAUGUGAUCCGCUACAAAUAUCCAAGAGGUCGGACCCAAGCCAAAUCGAAUGGUUAUCAGUCAGAACCAGAGCCGUGCUACUACUCGGACUACUCGGUCAUUAAAUAUCGUCCCGUCAACACCCAACGACUGCAAUCGGUUUCGUCCGCAUUGAAUGUGCGCAGCAGUAACGACAAAUUAUAUGGCACCCUGCCGAAUCCUGUAAAAUCGGAACAAAACACGUACAAAAACCAACCAGGACGUAUUGAGGACUACGUUACUGGUCAUUCGUCCAUCUCUGAAAAAGAAACGAAAAAAUGGUGGGACGAAAUUAUGGACAUCUUCAAUGUGCAACUGGACCAGGCUAAGCUCUCUUCUCGCUAUACCGAAGGAAAUCUAUCAAGAGCAUUGGCAAAGGAGUCCGGCUAUACCAGCGAUUCAAACCUUAUCCUACACAAAAAGGAAAUACCCCCUAACAGCCCGUUAAGUCCCCAAGAGCAGAAGCAGGCAUACAAAUACGUCCAGGCGGGUGGGGAACCCCCAUUGUUUGGCUUCCGCAAGGCGGCUCCGGAGAAAUCAAAAGAUUAUGACUCGCCCCAAGUUCCACCACCACCCCAGAGUGAUGUGACAGAUAAAGUCUCACCAAAUCGUUACUAUGAAUCGGACGUGAACAUACACUUCAAAACACCUGUACGCCAGGAGCUUAAAUCUCCACUAUCGGAGGAGGAAUUGGCCCUUCGCCAGGCCCAACAAAUGCAAAAACUAUACCAAGAAGAGAGGCGACGCAAAUAUUUGCAGGAACUACAAGACAUGAAUUCGCGUCGUCACACGGAUAACUUCACUCCGUCACAAAAAUCACCCAUACCGCUGAAUCGCUACGACGAUUUCCCUGCAGAUUUGGCGCCCAAGAACUUGAGCCAAAUUAAAUCGGUCGCAAGAGCCUUGUACAAUUUUCAGGCGCAGAAUUCCAAAGAACUAAGCUUUAAGAAAGGCGACAUCAUAUAUAUCAGGCGGGCCAUUGAUAAAAACUGGUAUGAAGGGGAACACAACGCCAUGAUUGGCCUAUUUCCAGCCAACUAUGUGGAGAUUGUUAACAGAGAUAUCAAUCAGCCACAGCAGGCACCUCGCAGCAAACCUUCCGAAGGUCAGGCCAGGGCAAAGUACAAUUUUCAGGCUCAGUCAGCUGUUGAGUUGUCGCUGAAUAAAGGGGAAUUGGUGGCAUUAACCAGGCGUGUGGAUGAUAACUGGUUCGAGGGCAGAAUAGCCAAUCGCAAAGGCAUCUUCCCAGUUUCAUAUGUCGAGGUGCUAACCGACAUUGGUGCAGAGGAUAUUGCCGCUAAGACGACAACAGUACAACAAACAUCCACAGUCAAUUAUCGUCCUUCACUGGAUGCCCUGCGCACAAACAUCAACAACGAGUUUAACACCUUGACUCGAAACGGAGUCCAACCACCAAAUUCUAUAUUAAGGGAGACGCGUCCCGAUCAUAAGAUCGAUAUCUUGCAUGUGGAUACCAGUUCGGAGCCCCUGGUAUAUCGCGCUCUUUACAAAUACCGCCCACAAAACUCGGAUGAAUUGGAACUAUUGGAAGGUGAUAUCGUCCAUGUUCUGGAAAAAUGCGAUGACGGCUGGUAUGUGGGGACAUCGCAGAGAACCGGUUGCUUCGGCACAUUUCCAGGAAAUUAUGUUGAGAGGCUGUAAAAUUGUUCAUUGCCACUGAUGCAUGUCGUCCAGGGAACCAAAAGCCUCCAUGUCUAUACAUAUUUAUAUACAAACAUAUCUACAAAGAUAUACCAAUAGAAAUGUUAUCGUGUGUUGUUAUACAAAUUAUAUUAUUGCUAAAAUCUAUUUAAACUAUCGCAAAGCAAAACAGAUCGGAAUGGAAUUGUUAAUUUUGUUAUUUGCAGCACUCCUAACCGUGCCCAAUGUUUAUUUUUUUUUCUUAUUUUUGUUCGCCAACGUGACAGUGCCUGCCUGCGGAACUUAAUGAAUGUAACACUUUCCGAUAUUAUUAUCACUAACUUAAUUAUUUUAUGUGUAUCUUAACUUUAUUGUUCUCCGUGUGCACCUUAAAUACGUUUCAAUGCGCAAUAUUGUAUUUUAUUGUUCUCCUCGCCUUUCCAGUUUUUGUUUUAUUUUAACUAGUCAAAGCUAUAAUCCCAAAUAUAUUUAAUUUUUUCGUUUCA